GUCCCGUUUGAAAGAGCCCGGUGGAGCCGCCGCCUCUUUCCCGCCGCCCGGGCCGACAUGGCCGCGUUCGCCAUGGAGCUGCCGUCCGCAGGAGCUGAACCAAUGACUCUUGGCUCCCCGACAUCUCCAAAACAAGGAGCUAGUGCUCAGUUUCUCCCUGGGUUCUUGAUGGGUGACUUACCUGCRCCAGUGACUCCACAGCCACGUGCUUUAGGUGGCCCUUCAGUUGGUGUAAUGGAAACAAGGUCUCCGCUACUUGCAGGAGGGUCUCCCCCACAGCCAGUAGUCCCUACACAUAAAGAUAAAGGUGGUGCUCCACCAGUUAGAAGCAUAUAUGAUGAGUUGUCUAGUCCUGGGCUUGGAUCAACACCUCUGUCCUCAAGAAGACCAGCCAGCUUUACUUUAACACAGAGCCCAUCAGUUGGAAUUUUGCCAUCGACWCCGGGAGCAGCUUCAAGCAUGUUCAGUCCUGCAAGUAUUGGGCAGCCUAAGAAGACUACUCUAUCUCCUGCUCAGCUAGAUCCGUUUUAUACUCAAGGUGAUUCCCUUACUUCAGAAGAUCAACUUGAUGACACAUGGGUAACUGUAUUUGGAUUUCCUCAAGCAUCAGCUUCCUACAUCCUUCUACAGUUUGCUCAGUAUGGAAACAUAUUAAAGCAUGUGAUGUCCACCACAGGAAAUUGGAUGCAUAUUCGAUAUCAGUCUAAGCUUCAAGCCAGGAAAGCCUUAAGCAAAGAUGGAAGAAUUUUUGGUGAAUCUAUCAUGAUUGGUGUCAAGCCCUGUAUAGAUAAAAGUGUGAUGGAAAACUUUGAAAGAAGCUCUACAUCCUCAAUGUCAUCGAUUUUCACUCCACCUGCAAAAUCUGCUGGCACACCAAUACAAUCUGCCAAUAAUACUACAAGGAUUUCUACAAUGAGACCUCUUGCAACAGCAUAUAAGGCUUCCACUAGUGACUAUCAGGUGGUUUCUGACAGACAAACUCCUAGGAAAGAUGAAAGUAUUGUAUCUAAAGCAAUGGAAUAUGUUUUCGGCUGGUAAUAAACAAGACAAAGUAACACACUAAGCUGGUCGGGGUUUGAGCUAUACUACUGGCAUUUGUAGUUAGUUGUAUAACUACUGGUGGCAGUAUUUUAUCUUACCUAGCACCUAUUAUGCCUUCAGAUAAUUCAGAAGACAUGUAGCUUGCACUUUAAAUGAUGGCAAUGUACACAUGGUUUGACAAGCUGAGUGAGUGUAAAUAAAAGUGCUUUAUCCCUAUUUGUGCUCUGAUGGCAUGGUUGUGAAAAAAUGUCAGCACUGCCUUUUCCUCUGUAAUUGCUUUCUGUGAAUUACUUCACAGGAAGUUGGAAAUGCUUAAAAUGGCAGCUAAAUUUACUGAUGCCUUUAAUUCUUUUUUCCCCCUCUGGAGUGGUGAUGGGCGACUUGCAGGAGGAAAACAAUGCAGAGCUGUCUGCCAGGGGCAGGGCCUGUUGUUAAUAUGUGUGAAUUUUUUUUAAUUAGGGUUCAUUGCUGUUUUACAAUUAUCUCUGGCAUGCUAUUCCAAGUGUCAUAGGAACCUUUUAACUCUUCGUUU